GCACUUUUCCAGUUUUCCGCAAUAGGAUGUGGUCCCGAGCCCGCAGUGUGUUCAGUUUCCCCAGCAUGGGGAUCCGGAAACUGCUGGCUUUUCAUCUUCCUUCGGUCAGGAAGAAUGUCGCAAAUUCUCUUCUGAUGGACACACCGGCGAAUGCGAGCAAGAAUGACUUGCCGUUGAGGAGGCGGCAUGAGCUAGCGAGCACCGCGGGCACAGGAACUCCCUAUUUGAAGACGCGGGGGAUUCUCGAGCAGAAUGAUCGACAGCCACUUCCUUUUUUCGUGAAUUCGGAAAGCGAAGCCAUGGCAAAAUAGCCGGGCACUGGCAAACUUUCCGCGGCCGGGCAGAAGCACGGUGGAAAAACAGUGCUGCGAUGUGCUUGCGUGGACACGGCAGACAAGACAUUCUCUCGGGAAAGAGCAGGUAGUUAACUGUCUGCUGAGUCGGAAGAAGUGUUUCUGGAACAGUCAUUUUCCGAAGGAACCGCAAGUACUCAUAUCGAAAGAAUCCAAAGUCUUUCUUCCCUUGUGGCCUCCAUUUUCGUCUCAAGCAGGGGAACUGUCAUCUUUUUCUGGCGUUGUUGCCUCUGGCAAGAUAGCGCUAACUGCUCUUCCGAUGCUUCUCAACUGGCCAACUUCGUUCAACCGACAAAGCCUGCUGGAAAGAUGUCUAUCGAGUGGGGAACGGCCAACUUUUGCCCUUUCAUCUCCCAGUCUUUCCGGCUGUGAACACGUCGUUUUCUUGUCUCCCUUAGUCUUUUCCAGAUUCAGAGCGAACCCGUUGAAACCGGGAGCUCGUCCUACGUGCCCUCGCGGGGUGCACCCUUUGAUUCACAUCACUAGAAUCCCCCCACGGCGUAUGAUUCACGGACUAUCCCAACUGGUAUCGCUGACCAUUCUUCUUUGCAUGUCCCAUCAAAAGCAGUCGAAGCUACAUAAAGGUCAUACCCGGCAACGGCGUCGCCGCCUGGUCUGUAAAUAGACCGCGUUCCACGAAAGUGUUUUCCAUCCGCGUUCAGUCGGCAGAAGAAUGGAACAGAUCAGAUUUGGGACUGUGGCCUUGAAGCCACAUGGCGACUUCCUGGCAAAACUGCCCGCAGCAGAAACGCGCCGUCCGCGACACCGGCCUCUACUUUGCCUAGUGGCCGCCGUUGUCAGUUUAGUGGUGCUCUGUAUCUGCGUUGAGGGUCCUGCUGGAGUUGAGGCGGGCGCCUUCAAGGACUUGUCAAAGGAGACAAAGAAGCUCAAGAAGAAGGAAAAAACAAUGAAGAAGUACAGGAAGAAGCUGAAAAAGCCAGUGUCCUGCAGCAUCUCGUCCUGCAUGACGAUGUCUCGAAGCAAAGCCGAAACGAAGGUGAAGAAGUACGCAGCACUGUUGGAACAAGCCAUGCAGACCGUCAGGGAAUAUAUGAUGAGGGUGCAGUCGAAGAUUGCGACAGCUGAACAAUCCCUGCAGACGUUGUCUCCGAAGAAACAGUCGAAGAAGAAGAAGAAAAUCAACAAGGCCCACGAGCGAUUGCAGAAAACGACAGCGGAGUACAACAAAGCGGUGAAAUUGUUGAAAGACGCCGGAAGAAAUGUAGAUAACCUCAGCUUAGCUAGUAUCAGCGGCGGUGGAGGUAAUGAUGAUGAUGAUGGCUACGAUGAGCGCGAUGUUCGACGUAAGAAGUAACUGACUGUGCUGGAGAUCUGGAAACUGGAAUGUGUUUUGCUAAAGCACGAAAUGGCUCGGCUGAUUGCAACGUUACGCGUGGAAGGAAAGAAUCCGUUUGACAGAAACCAAUGGCCGUGUCCCAGACUGAGGACUAAUCUCUCUUCUGGCAACGCCGGUGUACACUGUCGUGUCUUCCUUCCAAGAAGAUUCUGGAAUUGCAUCAGAGCAAAGCCGCACGUUCAGCGCCUUAGGGCGUUGAGUUGUGAUUGCCUCUUUGAGUUGUCCAACCGAAACCGACUUCGACAGCACUCACGCAGUCCGACGUUCACGAUCCUCGAGGGAGUUGCCCGUAGUUCAACUAGUUCUCUGCUCAAGACUCUCCAAGGUGCAUCCAGGAACAGCAGGCAACCUACCGAGUUAGAUCUGCCGUCAAAGUGGUGCGUGUGAAGUAGGUUGCGCCUUCUUACACGUGAUCUGUUGCCAUGGAAACGGUAAGUUGAGUUUAGAUACAGUGUUUCUUCCUGAGUUGCCCUCGCCUGCUUGCGGGGAACAUGGAUUCUACAGUGCUGCGGACCCUCAGAGUCAGAGUCUUGCGUGCAUGUUGGAACUUUGGAGUCGCAUAUGGCGUCGGCGAACGAGAAGCGAGUGAGAAACUCUUCAGCUUCCCUUUCUUUAUAUUCAAAAUGUUUGUCGAAUGUGUUGCUGAAAAAUGCGACCUACUCGGUACGAACACGAUGCAAAGUAAACAGAUGUCACUUCUGGGCAACAGCUCCCGCGCAGCAUCACACACAGACCACUGCAUUUCAGAACGCCAAUAGAGGCAAUCUGCCGCCUUUCAGGAAUGCGAACAACAGGCUCACUCAUAUAACCACAUGCCUGGAUUCUUCGCGUACAUCUUUGCAACGUAAUCGGUGUUCCUUCGGGUGCCUGCCGCGCGCAUCAGUGCAGAAUAGUCGUUCUAUGAAACGCCUAUGCAUCAGCACACAUCCGUCAGAGUUUAGCAGACGAUGUCCCCCACAAUUUUUCCGUUUUCCAUCUUUAAGUGUCACAUGGACAAUCCGUCGUAACAGUAGGGAUCAAACGAUAGAAUAAGCUCGAGCAUUAUCCGUACAUGGCAGGCACAGGGAGAAAAAGCUCGACAGCUGCUGCGAAUGACGAUGCUACGCGGCACAUGCACAUUCCUACAUGCUGUGAGUCUAGCUCCGCCUUCGUAGUCUCGUUUUUCUUUCUUGAAUUCGUGUCCGUCACCACAGUACACACCCUUCCACGACUGGAUUGUGUGGCGCUUUUUCUGUGCGAUCCGCAACCCGGAACUUGCAUGUUGGAAUCAUAAGUCAGCACCACGGUUUGGAGACACCGUUGGAGAUUGAGGAAAGACUCUUCAAACACAGAUACCCUGCAACGUUGACCUUCUACCGAGGUAUUCCUUCUCGAUUGUCGAAACAACUGCAGUGGCGGAUCUGGCACGCAGGACAGCUGGAAAGCUAUACCCGAACUUCUGGGUCGCUGAUCAUUUGUCAGGAGACUACGUCAUCUUAAAAUGUGAUGAUCACGGGACAUGGGCGAGCUGCGAUUUUCAUGCUCAACGACGUGUCACACAGACUGCAGUCAACCGACCAAGAGCUUUUGAACCUCGGACCCAAGAUAGGAGUCGUUGAAACGACCGAUUUCUCCAGGCACUCCGCUUGACAAAAAAGUACUCGAAAACACACCGUCCGGUCAUGCCCCGCCACCUUUUCUCUGCUUUCUUCCCCGUAACCGGCUCCGUUUCGCACACGAACGGGACGCCGUCUGAAACAUUUUCCCAUUUCCGACGAGCCAAGCGCAUAACAAGUGGUUUUCAGUCUGAAGGAGCAAAAAAUGAGCCUGAACUCCAUAAAAUGUGCUGCAUGAGAAGUUCUGGGGAAGGAACUCG